AUGGAAGCCCAAAACAUAAACUGAACAAGCCUAUAUAAGACCUACUCCCGCUAUUUCAGCUUCUCUUAUCGGCAAACAGAAACAACAAAUCAGACUCUCUCUCUCUCUCUCUCUCUCCAUGGGUUCUUCAACUCGUUGUUCUGUGAUUAUCGUCGGCGCAGGGGUUUCUGGUAUAUCGGCUGCGAAGGUAUUGGCGGAGAACGGCGUGAACGAUUUGGUUAUUCUUGAAGCUUCCGAUCGUAUCGGAGGGAGGAUUCGGAAGGAGGAUUUCGGUGGCUUGUCGGUGGAGCUUGGAGCGGGUUGGAUUGUAGGUGUUGGCGGCAAAGAAUCAAAUCCUGUUUGGGAACUUGCCAACAAAUCCAGUCUUCGUACUUGUUUCUCCGAUUACAGUAAUGCUCGUUACAACAUCUACGAUCAGAGUGGGAAGAUCAUACCGAGUGGUUUAGCAGCAGCGUCAUAUAGCAAAGCGGUGGACUCUGCAAUUCAGAGGUUGAGAAAUCAAGAGGCAAAGCUUCGUGGCCUCUCCACGAUAACUGAACCGCCCUCAAUACCCAAGACCCCAAUCGAACUCGCCAUUGAUUUCAUCCUCCAUGAUUUUGAGAUGCCCGAGGCAGAACCGAUAUCGACUUACACAGAUUUCGGGGAAAGAGAAUUUCUCGUAGCAGAUGAAAGAGGGUACGAGUUAUUGCUGUAUAAAUUGGCUGAAGAUUUUCUCCUUACCUCUGAUGGGAAAAUCGUGGACAGUCGCCUGAAGCUCAACAAGGUUGUUCGGGAGCUACACCACUCGAGAAACGGCGUUAUCCUAACCACGGAGGACGGUUCCAUCUUCGAGGCCAAUUACGUAAUUUUGUCCGUUAGCGUGGGCGUUCUCCAAAGCGACCUCAUCUCCUUCCGUCCCCCCCUGCCGAAAUGGAAAACUGAGGCAAUAACGAAGUGUGAUGUGAUCGUGUACACGAAGAUCUUCCUCAAAUUUCCAUACAAGUUCUGGCCGUGUGGGCCGGGGACUGAGUUCUUCAUCUACGCUCACGAGAGGAGAGGAUACUACACGUUUUGGCAGCACAUGGAGAACGCAUAUCCGGGGUCCAACAUUCUGGUGGUAACGCUGACAAAUGGUGAAUCAAAACGCGUGGAGGCACAAACGGACGAGGAGACUCUGAAGGAAGCAAUGGGGGUCCUUAGGGACAUGUUUGGGCCUGAUGUACCGGAUGCCAUAGAGAUCCUGGUGCCCCGCUGGUGGAACAACCGAUUCCAACGCGGCAGCUAUAGCAACUACUCCCUCUUGGCCAAUCAACCAGAUUUUGCCGACAUGAAGGCACCUGUUGGUCCAAUCUUCUUCACAGGAGAACAUACGAGUGAGAAAUAUAGUGGUUACGUCCACGGGGCAUACUUGUCAGGUAUUGACACGGCCAACGCUUUACUGGAAGAAAUGAAGAAUGAGAAGGAAGGUGAUAAGGAGAGCUCGUUGGAGAGUCAACCAUUUUUGCUAGAGCCCCUGCUGGCGUUGACAGGGUCACUGACUUUGACCCAGAACGAAGCAGUCAAUGGUCUCGACAAAUGGGAUUUUGCUCGACAGCAGCUCUUCUCUGGUGGGAAACUUGUCAGCCACGAGGCCAUAAAAUGACUAUAUGGCCAAGCUAUGGGCCCCUAUUCGAUUAGUGGAUUGACCACUGGGUCUCCAGCCCAAGACUUCUCGAGUGCUCCCCAGCCCAGCCGAGACCAGCCCAUUCUAUCCACGAAGUGGAAAAACAGAGAAUCAGCAAAUGCAGAAAGUGUAAAGAAGGAUGAAACGUCCAAUAUUGGAAAGCCGUAGCCUCAAGGGGACGGGACGCUCUUGGUUUGAGUUCGGGUUCGGGAUUGGUUUUGGAGACCCAAAUACAAACUUACAAUUAAAGCAAAUAGGAGGGAAAAGUAGGCCAGUAUAUUUAGAUUAAAUUUGGUGUAUGUUCAUUUCUCGUGGUAGAUCAAUGCCAGUGCUAAUUGUUGCAAAUUUUUUAUUUUCAAUGGAAUUUGCGUUCCUUCUUUCUUUUCUUUA